AUGUCCAAGUACGAAAGUCGGCUCUUCAUCGAUGGAAAUCUUGUCGACGCCAAGUCAGGCAAGACUUAUGAUCUCUUGAACCCGGCUACCAACGAGUUCCUCGCAAAAAUACCGAUCGCGCUCAGAGAAGAUGUCGAUGCAGCGGUUGAAGCGGCAGGAAAAGCUCAACCUCAAUGGGCAGCUUUACCGGCUCACAUCCGAGGAGAUGUGCUUAGAAAGUUCUCCAAUUUGAUGGCUGAGAACGUGUCCAAGCUCGCCGAGCUUGAUUCGAUCUGUAUGGGUAAACCUGUCGGCACUCACCGUGCUGACGUUGAGGAAGCCUGUAAAAUUACAAAUUUCUUCUCUGGCCUCGUCGAGACGGCUUCCGGACAGACCUCGCUUAAUACGCCCCACCAUAUGGACUUGUCGCUGCGACAGCCGUUCGGAGUUGUGGCAGCUAUUGUGGCGUGGAACUUCCCCACCUUGCUUUGGGUUCAUGAAAUCUCAGCCGCCUGUGGUGCAGGAAACGCUAUGAUUUUGAAGACUUCCGAAAAGUCUCCCCUUAGUGGUAUUCUUCUCGCUCAGCUUGCCACGAAAGCAGGUUUCCCUCCCGGCAUUGUCAACAUUGUUUCGGGAGCUGCUGAGACCGGAGAGCUUCUCUCAUCUCACAUGAAGAUCCGUAAAAUCAGUUUCACUGGUUCAACCCGAGCUGGAAGAGCCGUCAUGCAAGCAGCCGCCCGUUCGAAUCUGAAGAAUGUUGCGCUUGAGCUCGGUGGCAAGUCACCUCUUAUUGUUUUUGAUGACGCCAAUCUGGAUUGGGCCGCUGCAGAUGCGGUUAACUCUAUCACGCUUAACUCAGGGCAAGUUUGCACUUCAUCAUCGCGCGCUUACGUUCAGAAAGGAGCUGCUGCGACGUUUAAGAAGCUGCUUAUCUCUUAUAUGUCGAAGCUCAAAAUGGGCGAACCCUCAGCCGCUUCGACGCAGCUCGGUCCUCAGGCAGAUGCGAGACAGGCAGCUUCUGUCAAGAAUUAUAUUGCCAUUGGAAAGCAAAGUGGACAUGUUCUCCAUGGUGGCGGACAAGUCGACUGUGGCGUUAACUUUGUCCAGCCUACAAUAUUUACGGAUGUCGCAGAUACGAGCAGGCUCAACGUCGAGGAAAUAUUCGGGCCCGUCUUGGUACUCCACGAGUUCGAGACCGAGGUGGAAGUCAUUAAGCGUGCCAAUGAUACUGAAUACGGACUGUAUUCAUCGGUCUACAGCUCCAAUAUAAAUACAGCCCUUCGCGUUGCUAGCGCUCUGGAGGCCGGCAACGUCGGUGUCAACUGUACCUCGCCUUACGGGGCGUACGACCUUCCUUUUGGCGGCUUUAAGGCAUCUGGAAUCGGCCGUCAGAAGGGUUCCAACGCAAUCCAGUCGUGGUUAGAAGAGAAAUCAGUCUUUAUUAGGCAGGAAGUAGCAUAG